AUGAAAACGCGUUCAACUCUGGAUCUUGCCAAACGAGCAGCAGCGUAUGCAGCCGGUGAACAGCAUGUGAAAAGUGGUUGUCGGAUAGGUGUCGGUAGUGGUACCACGGCUAAAUUUUUCGUCGAGUUUCUGGCUGAAAAAGUAAACAAUGGUGUAGUAAAGGACAUCAUCUGUGUGCCUUCUUCAUUCUCAACUCGUCAGUGGCUAAUCGAUUCUGGUCUGAAAGUAAUUGACUUGGAGAAAACUCUCGAUUUAGAUCUGUGUAUUGAUGGAGCUGACGAAGUGGACAUUAAUCUGAACUGUAUAAAAGGUGGUGGUGGAUGUUUAACUCAAGAGAAAAUCGUGCAGACAAGUGCCAAAAAGUUUUAUAUUAUUGCUGAUGCUAGUAAACAGUCAGAAAAACUGGGCGAUAAGAAUUUUCCUAUUCCAAUUGAAGUCGUUCCAUUUGGAUGUGCGCCAGUUUUGAACUGGAUAAAACGCCAGGAAGGUGGUGAGGUUGAAUUGAGAACAAACAAUAAAAAGAAGUUGGAUCCCUUUAUUACGGACAACAACAAUUUCAUCUUGGAUUGGAAUUUUCCAAAAAAUAAAUAUGUAACAACGGAAGACCUAGCAGCUUUGCAUACACGUCUGAUAUCGUUACCGGGUGUUGUCGAAACAGGUCUUUUUAUAGGAGUUGCUGAGAAAGCGUAUUUUGCUACUGCCGAUGGAAAUGUUACAGAAAGGUUGAGACCAGGUUAA